UGUCAGGUGAACGACUCGUCAAAAAUGUCACUAAAACGAAAACAUUGAAAACCAAAACAGUGUUUUCAGAGCAAUCAAAUAAUUAUCGGAUAUGAGCUGGUUACUAUCGUUAGAUGCGGAAACGGUAACGCGGUGUGUCAAAAGAUAAAGUUUAAUGCCACUUAGGAGGUUAUAGUUUAGGAAAACACUAGCAAAAUAAAUUAUUUGUUCAAGAACAAUCCCGUUAGAUACUAUGACUGCAUGCGAGCAUUUAGAAGACGAUGAAAAUUUCCUCUUGGACGACGAUAAUACUACACAGAGAAAUUGCGUCAAGUGUCUUAUUGUUUCUCCGGAUACUCCUAAAGAAAAUUCCUACAGGGGUGAAGCACUAAACGGGUUGAUGUUUCAUAAUGGAAAUAGGGGAUCGAUGUCGUCUACUAUAGUUGAUGACCACAGCGACAAUUUGGAAGACUCUCCCCUGUUGAUAAAUGAUAUUUAUAGAGAAUCGGUAGUCGAGACGACGGAAUUCCAUUGCCAUGAUUCUUUGUCCGCUACUGAAGAUACAAGCGCGUGGAAGAAACUUUGCAUGGCUGCUGCGUUUUGUUUUUUGUUUAUGGUAGCAGAAGUGGUUGGAGGCUACCUGGCUGGAAGUCUGGCCAUAAUGACAGACGCUGCGCAUUUGUUUUCGGAUUUUAUAGGGUUUUUGAUUUCUUUACUAGCGAUUUGGGUGGCGAGGAAACCACCGUCGAGAAAUAUGACGUUCGGCUAUUAUAGGGCCGAAGUUGUAGGUGCUCUUCUAAGUGUCUUAUCAAUCUGGUUGUUAGCUGCUAUAUUCUCUACGCUAGCCAUCAAUAGGAUCUACUAUCAAGAUUAUGAAAUAGAUGCCAAUACAAUGAUCAUCAUUGCCUCACUUGGAUUAACAGUUAAUAUCAUAAUGGGAGGAAUCCUGCACGGCGUCUGCCACGCCCACGGCCACGCCCCACACGCCCACGUUGCUUCCAAUAAUAUAAACGUCCGCGCGGCCGCCAUCCACGUACUUGGCGACUUGCUGCAGAGUAUCGGUGUUCUCGCCGCCGCACUUAUCGUCAAGUUUUGCCCGGAUGCGCAGAUAGCCGAUCCAAUAUGCACGCUCAUCUUUUCCGCGCUCGUUGUCUGCACGACAAUCAGAGUCGCCAAGGACUCUCUGUGGUUCCUUAUAGAGGGCAGUCCGAUCAACACGUGGAAGUUAAGGGCGGAGUUACUGAAGAUCGCGGCCGUAAAGCAUAUCCACAGCCUGCAUAUUUGGUCGUUAUCGCCAGGAAAGAACGUUGCGGCCGUGCAUUUGGCUGUAGAUGAAUACUGUGAUAGAGACCUUCUAUUAGAAAAGGCCACUUCGGCCGUCCAAAGGCAAAUCAACGUGAUGAGCUGUACCAUACAAAUAGAAGCGUACAAUCAGGCGCUGAUCAGCUCCUGUCGACAGUGUCAAAGCGUACAGAUUCGAUGAUCCAUUCCUGCAUCUCAUUAGAUAUUAAAUGCACAGUGAUGUUCCUUGGGUGGCGUCACUGCCCGGUCGUUUUGUUUUUUUUUGUUUUUUGUUGAAAUAUAUUUUUCUAGAAAAAAA